AUGAGAGGGGUGCUAGGACUGAAGAAGAGUGAAAUCGUGCUAGAUAAGGGUGGCAAAUCUCGCUCGAAGACAUUACUCAUUACCUCGUCCCGGAUCUCCUCAGAAGAGGUUGUCGCAAAAUUGAAGGCGGCGGUUGAGCGCUGA